AUGUCCGUCAAACCUGGGCGACUCUCUGAAACCGUAAACCUUGCGAGCUGUGCUCUUUACAAGACGACAAUACGCAGAGAUUCGGAGGAAGAAAAAGUAAAAAUCGCGGGCAUCAUCGAAUCCCAACGUAUGUAUGCUGUACCUGCACAUAUCAUCGGAUUAGGAGGCAAAGCACCCUUACAACCUGGUUCACUUGCAAUAGUACUGAAAGACAUUCGUUUUAACGAGUGCAACCAUUUCGGGUACGGUUUGGUGGUGCUCCUGCCCAACAUCUCACCAAAUAAAUCUCGUCCUCUUCGGUUGCCGCCUUUCAUAGGAUGGAAUAAAGCUGAUUUCAUGCAGAAUGGCCGGGAAAACAAAGACGUUUUCUUAAUAGGACAUCUUCUUGCAGUAGAUCAAUUCUUCUGA